AUGGGCAAGUGCAGCUGGACGGGCUUCGUUCGCGCGGUCAAGCAGGUGAUCACGUUCGUAUUCAGCCACGUGGGUCUGUGUGCGUUCGUGGCCGGAUACUCGGUGGCCGGAGCCUUCCUCUUCAGGCAGCUCGAGCAGGACAAGGUCGACGAGUACUACGACUCGACCAUCAACAGGAACGACUGCUUCGGCAAACUGUACAACAUCACGGAGGAGGUCGGCGUCCAGCUCAACGGCAGCCACUGGCGGGACCUGCUCGCCUCGGCAGCGUGGCAAGAGCGCGUCCUGCAGCAGCUGGAGGCCUUCGAGGAGGACCUGGUCGAGUCGGUGAGGAACCAGACGUACGACCAAGGGCCCGAGGAGCAGAAGAAGCGGUGGAGCGUCAUCGGGUCGCUCUUCUACUGCGUCACCGUCAUCACGACUAUAGGCUACGGCCACGUGUCGCCUCGCACCAACACGGGCAAGAUGGUGACCAUCGUGUACGCCCUCUUCGGGAUCCCGCUCAUGCUGCUCUGCCUCACCAACAUCGGCAAUUCCAUGGCCACGUCGUUCAGGUUCAUGUACCACCGAAUGUGCUGCUGGUAUUGCCGCAAGAAGAAAGACGAGGAUGGCGCUGAGUCGUCUUCCAUGCUGCAGAAUCCUAGGUCGUGGCACGGCGGGACCAGCCACCCCUGCCCCUACACCCCGCCCCCCAAGUACAAGCCCAACCGCCGCAACAUGCUCAUUUCGCCGCCCAUCUCGGCCACCAUCCACCGCGGCUCCGACAACCCCCUGAAGGCGCCGUCGCUGGACUCCCCCAGCCCCUCGCCAGGCCCUCCGGCGACGCGCGCUCUGCCGUUCCCUUCGCAGACCCACGUUCUCCUCCCGGACAUGGAGGCGAACCGCAUCGUGGCCGAGUGCGCGGCCUACACCAAGACCCACAUCCCCGGCUUCGUCGUGUCGCUCGACCCGGCGUCGAGCGACUGCCACGACUACGACAUGGUGACCGUCUCGACCCGCCUGUCCCCCAGCGUGUCUACUCGCCCUUCGCCCACGGCGUCCUCGCGGCCGACGCCCGAGCCUUCGUCUCCGCGGGCGCGAGAGACGCCGGCGGAGUGGGCGCUGGCGCGGGAGAACGGCGGCCCGCACAUCGUUAUUGAAUCGGAGAUGGAGCAGCCCUCCUCCAACCACUCGACGCGGCCCGGAUCGCCGACGUUCACUACCUCCACGCACCACGCCUCCAACACGUCGCUCACGAGCAUCGCAAGUCGGCCGUGCAACCAGAGGACCUCGAGCCCGUUCCUGGGCGCCACGCUGUCCGGCGUGAGGGACCUCGACGCGCCUCCUUAUCACCGCGUCGUGGAGAGGCCGCCGCGAUCCCCGGGGAAGACUCUCGUGGUCUACAACACACUCUCGGGGGACGCGCUGCUCGAGCAGAGUAAGAUCGUGCGCAAGAUGGCGCUCAUGAACAAAGGAGGCUUCGGGCAAGUGCGCACCGAUGCCACGACCGUCUUCACGGACCCCAUCUCGGGCCAGGCGGUCGACGGCGACAUGCUGGGCCUGAACUACCGCCCCAUCCCGCCCGACACGUCGGAUGCGGAAAACCGCGUGCCCAUUCCCAUCGUGCUGGGCUUCGUUGCCUCGUAUCUGGGCAUCGGGUCCCUGCUGUUCGUGUGGCUGGAGGGAUGGUCCAUGCUGGACGCCUGCUACUUCUGCUUCAUCACGCUCUCCACCAUCGGCUUCGGCGACUUCGUCCCGGGCAAGUCGCUGGGCUACGAGACGCAGGAAGCGCAGAUCAAGCUGGUCACGGGGUCCAUCUACCUAGUGCUUGGCCUUGCCGUCCUUGCGAUGUCUUUCAACCUAGUGCAGGAGGAGGUGGUCCUAAAAUGCAAGGCGUUUGCUAACUGGAUCGGCCUUCUCAAAGACUGAGGUCUCACUGUAAUUAUAGUACUGUUACUAGUCUCCGAAAAUAAUUAACUCAGAUAGUAGUGACCACUUUGGUAGAACCUGAAACACAAAUAAAUAAAUUUCUUAUCCCGCCUUGAUAUGCAUAAUAUAUGUAUAUGAACAGGAACGUGAUUUA